UUCGAUAUUUGAGAUCGGAACGCAGCGCGUGAGUUAGUUAGCUCGCCGCCGUCGCGAAUCGCGCCCGAUCGACCGACAGCAACGAUCGCGCGGGUACAUUUCGGGUUUUCCCUCGGCGAAUUCCUCCGCCGAGGAAGAGAACGAGAGAGGUCUACCUUCGUAUACUUAAGAAGGCCGGUCGCGGUACCGGAAGUAUGUCGUCGACGGUGGUGAAGAAUGCCGCGAAGGGCGUUAACGGCGGCGACGGCAGGGAGACUUGGUCGGGGAAGCUUGAUUUCUUGCUGUCGGUCAUCGGGUUCGCCGUCGAUCUCGCUAAUGUCUGGCGAUUCCCGUAUCUCUGCUACAAGAACGGCGGUGGUGCAUUUCUGGUUCCCUACUGCAUUAUGUUGGUGGUCGGCGGUAUUCCUCUGUUUUACAUGGAACUCGCUCUCGGUCAAUUCAACAGGAAGGGUGCUAUCACUUGUUGGGGUCGAUUGGUACCACUUUUCAAAGGUAUCGGAUACGCAGUCGUCCUAAUCGCGUUUUACGUUGAUUUCUACUAUAAUGUUAUUAUCGCUUGGUCACUUCGCUAUUUCUUCGCCUCGUUCGCCACGAUGCUACCGUGGACCUCCUGUGACAACAAUUGGAACACGCCGCUGUGCCGUGAAUUUGACCCGAAUAUUUCGUACGCGCUGGAGGAAAUGACCAGCGAGAUGAAUGAGAAUUUUGGAAACACGACCCGGCUUCUGGACGAUUUAGGAUCGGAUGCCGUAGCUCAGAGUACAGCGGAUAAUCAUACAAGUGCUGCGCAUGAAUACUUUAAUCGCGCUAUUCUAGAGCUGCAUCAAAGCGAAGGCUUACACGAUCUUGGUGCCAUUAAGUGGGACAUCGCGCUAUGCUUGCUCGUGGUCUAUCUGGUCUGCUACUUUUCCUUGUGGAAGGGCAUUUCGACUUCCGGCAAGGUAGUCUGGUUUACUGCUCUUUUUCCUUACGCAGUCCUGCUGAUUUUGCUGAUAAGAGGUGUCACUUUGCCGGGCAGUACCGAGGGAAUUCGUUAUUAUCUCAGUCCAAAUUUCAAUGUUAUCACAAAAGCAGAGGUUUGGGUGGACGCGGCGACGCAAGUAUUUUUCUCCCUGGGCCCGGGAUUCGGAGUGUUGUUGGCUUACGCGAGUUACAACAAGUAUCACAACAACGUUUACAAGGAUGCCCUGCUGACGAGCUUAAUCAACAGCGCGACGUCCUUUGUUGCUGGAUUCGUCAUAUUUUCGGUGCUCGGUUACAUGGCGCGUGCCAGCGGCAAGUCCAUCCAGGACGUCGCGACGGAAGGACCCGGUCUGGUCUUCAUCGUCUAUCCGGCGGCCAUCGCUACAAUGCCCGGCUCAACAUUCUGGGCGCUUAUCUUUUUCAUGAUGCUGCUCACACUCGGUUUGGACAGCUCAUUCGGAGGUUCGGAGGCAAUUAUAACGGCACUCAGCGAUGAGUUUCCAAUAAUCGGCAAUAAUCGUGAGGUCUUCGUGGCAUGCUUGUUCACUCUAUACUUUCUGGUCGGACUGGCUUCUUGCUCACAGGGAGGGUUUUACUUUUUCCACUUAUUGGAUCGAUACGCGGCCGGAUACUCGAUGCUGUUCGCCGUUCUGGCAGAAACAAUUGCGGUCAGCUGGAUCUAUGGAACGGACCGAUUUUGUGCCGAUAUCAAAGACAUGAUCGGCUUCCGACCGGGCAUCUACUGGCGAGUAUGCUGGAAAUUUGUAGCACCAUUGUUUCUUAUGUUUAUUAUCGUCUAUGGUCUAAUGGGUUAUGAACCACUAUCGUAUGAGGGCUACGUUUAUCCAGUUUGGGCAAAUAUAUUAGGUUGGCUGAUCGCAUGUUCUUCUAUCAUCAUGAUCCCAGGUAUGGCGGUCUACAAAAUCAGCAGUACACCCGGAUCUUUUGUUCAAAGGUUGAAGAUUCUGACGACACCAUGGCGGGACACGCAGCAUCAGAGAAACGAUCUAUCCUCGGUGGCGAACGGCGCGAUUCGUCGAAGUUUCCUGGCCGAGCAAGACUUCGAAAUCACCAAGGAUCACGCGUUAACUAAGGAACAGACGGAGGUAAUGAUUCAAUCUAGAGGGGGCGUCAAGGGGAACGAUCCGCCCCCCGAGCCAGUCUAGGACAGUGCGGUUGUGAUUUUGCACGGUGCCCGGUUCCAAGUAUACCUCUGCUAGAGCACGAUCGCCGAGCAAGGUCUCACAACGACAAGUAACAAUUCACCGAACAAACCAAGACAAGGAGUAUCUCUUAUCACGGAUACACGACACAUCUCACUUGAACCUUGGGGUAUCAGCUUGAUUGACGACGGGCUCUCCUCUCUCUCUUUUUCUCUCUCUCUCUCUCUCUCUUUAUCUCGCGAGAUGUGAUUUGCGCGUUGAACUCUACUUCCUUCGUUGACGAGAACGGAGUCGAAGCUAUCUCGUCCUUCGUGUGUUUUAUUGCGGAUAGGAAAACUGUCGCGCAGAUACGGACGAUAGAAAAAAAAAAAAACUGGGAAAAAGAGAGUGGAUAUCGUCGCUACGUAACACCGUCGUCAACCAUGCUUCUCCUCGGACAGGUCUAACCCCGGACCUUCUAAACGAUAACACCUUUCAUAUCCUGUAAAUAUAACAACGCGCGUCACGGAGCACGGCAAAUCGCAUGAGGUUGAUGAGACGCCUUGGCGAACAAGCACAAUUGAUGUUCACGCUUCUUCUACUCUAAUGGACAAUGCUAAUGUGACGAAUAGUUACACGAUCCUGUCUAAUUUUGGACGAGAGCUUUAAACCUAGAAGGAAUCAUUUUAUGCGCGAGAGCUUAAUUUAGCGUAGUCUCGAUCUUUGUAAUAAAUCGACUCGGUACUUUCCUGGAGCGUGGCAACUAACUAGACUACUCGUAACCGAAAAUCUUGUUACCUUCAGUAAACCUCCUGCCCGCGUAAAAGAUUUCCGCGAAUCGUUUUUCGCGGUAUCACGUUUGAAACGAACUUUGUUGUUUAAUAAUAUCAUUUAUUUUAGACCGAUGCGAGUUAUUUGAGCGCAUAAAAUGUGUAUAUGAAGAUGUUAUAGAACAAAAAUUAUAAUGUUAAGGUAUCUUAUUAUAUAGGAGAUGAUUACGCGAUCCCUAUUAAUCGAUUGUAUGACUGACGAUUUUCUUGCUGGACCACAUUGUUAUCUAUAAAAUAGAAAAGUGGAAGGGAAUCGUGAGUUAAUCGCGAUUAAUCGGUGUCGAUGUUUUAGACAGGUGAAUUAGACGAGUUUAUAUUUCCGUUUGACCAGUCCUCCAGGGCUUUUCAUAAGCCUGGACGGACUAAAUGCUGUGUGGACUAUACGCAAAUUAUAAUCACCGGUAAAAUGUUGUAAGCAAUUUAUUAGGUCUUAUUACCGGUGUGAAUACGCUUCAUCGAUAUCCCGUUCAGUCCUAUGUCGUGCACCAUCGUAGCAUGAAACGUUGAUGCGUUUUUAUACAUAUAGAUAAAAUUUUCGAUCACUGGGUUUAACUCACGCUGUAAUUUUCUAGUCAUCGAUUAUACCUCCUUACAUAUUCAUUAGAGAUCCACGAAUGUACGGUACAAUUUCUUUAAUGGAAAUUUUCUAGAAAAUUAAUUGACCACGAGUCCAUUUAUUGGUAAUCUCUUAUUUUACGAUAUUUGUACAGACUGACUCCGCACGGCCUGUUUGUUCGUCGAAUAUUAUAUAGAUUUUAUAUUAUGAUAUAAACGUGCAAUAUAUCCGUUGCGCAAUCCGGA